CACAGAUCCGCAAACACGCCCUGGAAUAAAAGAAUACGUCUCACUUUAAUACAGUUGAUAGUCUCGGAAAUAGGUUUAUUUGGUUAUAUAGGUAUCGUCAAGUAACCGUACUGAGGGACAAUGGUAGAAGUGAGAAGGAUCUGUUGUAUUGGGGCUGGCUACGUGGGCGGGCCCACCUGCAGUGUCAUCGCCCAGAUGUGCCCAGAGGUGACCGUAACUGUGGUGGAUGUGAACGAGGACCGCAUCCGUGCCUGGAAUUCUGAUUGCCUUCCGAUAUUUGAGCCUGGACUCCAGGAAGUGGUGGAGUCCUGCCGUGGUGUCAACCUUUUCUUCUCCACAGACAUUGAUGAGGCCAUAAAAAAUGCAGACCUAGUCUUCAUUUCUGUCAAUACGCCUACCAAGACAUUUGGGAUCGGUAAGGGUCGAGCAGCUGACCUGAAAUACAUAGAAGCGUGUGCCCGGCGCAUUGCUGAUGUGUCCAGCGGCUGUAAGAUCGUCGUAGAGAAAAGCACAGUUCCUGUACGUGCUGCUGAGAGCAUCCGCCGCAUCUUCAACGCCAACACCAAGAGUAGCCUCAACUUCCAGGUCCUUUCAAACCCGGAGUUUCUUGCUGAGGGAACAGCCAUCACUGACCUGAAGAAUCCAGACAGGGUAUUGAUUGGAGGAGAUGAGACUCCUGAGGGCCAACAUGCUAUUGGGGCCCUGCGUAGUAUCUAUGAGCACUGGGUCCCCAAGAGCAAAAUCAUCACCACCAACACCUGGUCCUCAGAGCUCUCCAAACUGGCAGCCAAUGCCUUUCUGGCCCAACGCAUCAGCAGCAUCAACUCCAUCAGUGCCCUCUGUGAGGUGACUGGGGCGGAUGUAGAGGAGGUGGCACAUGCAAUCGGGACAGACCAGAGAAUAGGCAGUCGCUUCCUGAAGGCCAGCGUGGGAUUCGGCGGUAGCUGUUUCCAGAAGGACGUUCUCAAUCUUGUUUAUCUAUGCGAGGCGUUGAACCUACCAGAAGUUGCGAGAUACUGGCAACAAGUUAUAGAGAUUAAUGACUACCAACGAAAACGAUUCUCCUCACGGAUUAUCAGCUGCCUCUUCAACACAGUGACGGACAAGAAGAUAGCCUUGCUCGGAUUUGCCUUUAAGAAAAACACUGGCGAUACAAGGGAAUCCUCUAGUAUCUACAUCAGUCGCUACCUGCUUGAGGAGGGAGCCUGUCUACAAAUAUAUGACCCCAAGGUUAAAGCAGAGCAGAUCAUGCAAGAUCUUACUCAGCCCACCCCCUCAGAGAGACAUGACCCAGACACAGUUUCUCGUCUAGUCACCAUCGUUACAGACCCAUACAAGGCUUGUGAGAACGCCCAUGCAAUUGUCAUCUGCACAGAGUGGGAUAUGUUCACGGAGCUGGACUAUGAGAAGAUCUAUAAUGCCAUGCUGAAACCAGCCUUCAUCUUUGAUGGAAGAAGGAUCUUGGACAGCUUGCACGACCAACUCCAGACUAUUGGCUUCCAGGUGGAGACUAUUGGGAAAAGAGUUAACCAGAGAACCCCCUUUGCUGCCAGAGGCAACAAGUCAGAAAUGGACCUACAGCAGUCAUCGAAGAAGAUGAAAGUGUGAAUUAUGCAUUAGGGACAGAGAUGGUUCAGCACAGUAAUAUUAAACCAAUAGAAUGUUGCUGUAUUAUCAGUUGUUUCACCAACCACACCCACUUUGUGGCUUCAAUCCAAUAAUAAUAUCAACUACAAUGAAAGAGAGAGACCGGGGUGAAUGUUUGGAAGUUAGGGUUAAUGACCUUAUUUGUAUGUUACACAUGAAACAAUACCCCUCCCACCUCAUGCUUCGACUCUGGUUUGUGCAUGUUGCAACACUACCAGGAUUUGGGGGGUUUUACUUAACACUGGGUUAAAACACCCUAAAUUUAUGUAAUAGAUUUCUGCAUUUGCGCUUUUACAAUUCUCUGGCCCAGUAUUCAUUUAUGAAAGCAUUUUUAGAUGCACGGAAUUGAUUAUUCUUCUUAAAAACAUUGAAAUAAAGCAACACUAAAAGGCAGUUAUUUUAUAUGGUGCUAAUUGAAUGGGAACUUGAGCAGUGUGUCAACAUGUAACUGAAGUAUGAAAU